AUGCAUUUAAUCCUGAGUAACCAACCAUUCACAAACGAAGUUAAAGACGACCAACUCGUCUGGAUGGUUAAACCACUUUGCAAAGUCGCGUUCAAAAUUAAAUUUCCCCGUCGGGUCAAACUCGUCGGCCACGCUUUUUAUGAACUCGGGCGUGCUGCGGACGCCGAUACAUCUGGCCCGGCGCACCAUCAUUCGACGGAGGGGGGGGCCACGGUUACAGACUCGGAGCUGGUUGGUAUGAUGGAUGAAGCGCUUGGUAGGGAUGAAGCGUGUAACGGCUGGGCUAGCAUUGUGGCAUUUGGGGAAGAAAAAAAAUUAACAUCGUCUACUCGCUCAAACUUGUCCCGACGAGUUCUCUAUGCAAUCGGCCAAAAGGGCCCAACGAGCUGGCCAAUAAAGUCGAGCGUGAGGGGGAGGAACCGGUGGGUGGUAGUAGUACUACGUGCUGAGCGUGGGGACGUGAGAAGCGGGUGAAGGCCGAAUCUGGAGCUCGGGGAGAAUCAGUAGUCAGUAGUAGAUGACACGACACUGCGGAUGGCGGAUGGAUCAUCCUCAUCCAACGAAUCCUCGGGCGUUGCGGCCCAAUGUGGAAGAGGGGGGUGGGGACACACGCACGUCUACGCGUCCUUUUCUUUUUUCCUGAGGCGACGGCAUUGGCGUGUUAGAAACUCGGUCUUGUCCUUUGCUUUCUUCUUUUGUCCAUCCUAGUGGGCUAAUGCGACGGCGUUGGCAUGGCAUGAUUGGGCGUCUAUAGUCAACUUGUGUGCGUGUGUGUGUUGUGUUCGUAUUGACCGAUCUGAUCGCCUUCUAGACUCCCGAGUCGAGUCGAGCUUGCCCAUACCCUCGGCUGUCCACUCCGUGUGGGCCGGCUCGACUCUAUCUCUAUUACCUUUCCCAUCCGUGUUUUC